AUGGUGGCCUUUGUAAGACAUAAGGUGAACAAACUGCUUAUUAAGGCCCCCGCCACCGGAGCACGCGCCCCCACGGCGAACGAGCCCCCCAUCGGCGCACCCGCUAGCCCCCACAGCGCAUGGGUCCCCAUGGCGCACGAGCCUGCUCCCACGACGAACUACACCCCCACCCACGGGGCACGUCCCCCCACCCGGUGCGCACGCGCCCAGACCCCUGGCGCCCGUGCGUGCCCCCACAGCGCAGGAGACCCCUUAAGGCGAACACGGGCCCUCCCCCUCCCGGCGCUGGCGCCCCCCCACUCGGGCGCACGCGGCCCUCCCUCCUGCUCACGUGCCCCACCUCCCCCUGAGCUGAUUGCUUCUGCGUGGUGUUUAUCAGAAGCAGACGUUUCUCUUGGUGCACACUACAGCGCAGAUGCGCCCCCAACCCCUGCGCAGGCGCCCUACUCUGGGGCACGCGCCCUCCACCCGGGGCACGAGUUCCCCCACCCCCAUCGCAUGCGCCUCCCCCCUAAGGCGCACGCGCCCCCCUCCUAA